AUGGCUCCCCAAUUGCAUGCGGCACAGUGUAGGAUAGUGAUCAGCCGGUCACCGGGGACGGCUGAAUCUAGAACUAGCAGUGCCGAAUGCUUGGCCAAAGACCCUGCUUUGCGAACUUCUCCGAAUCCGACCGUUUCCGUGUCUGUGCAGGACACUAUGGCCAGAAUCAAAAGAACAGCAAGGCAGUGUAGCUCCGAUGGAGUUUUCUACCAUUUGGAUGGGUCGACUGUUUUUUCAGACGGCUCAAUAAGAGUGCCUCGAAGUGAGCUGUCGAAACACCCUGACAGCCAUUCCUAUCUUCCUCCUACCCUCACUUAUUACCAUUCGCCCACAUCUAGUGGAACUCCCAGUGAUGGAAUCCUGGGGGAGGCGGAUGAAGAAUAUCAACCUAGGCCUUCUGGACAGGCGCCGGGAGAGAGUCUAGGGGAGGACCCCGCUGGCACCAGUCGGCGGUCCCCUAGCUCUGAUAAGAGCUCUGAUGACGAGUCGGCCUCGUCAUCUUCUUCAGAGAAUGCCUCUGUAACUUCAGAGGAGGCUAGAUCAAACAUAGAUUCUGCUAGAGAGUCCCUAGCAGUGGAUAGGGGGGAAAACAAAGUAAUGGAAAAGCUCUCGGCCACAAGGAAGCCGGUUGUAUCUGCUGCUCGAUACAGGUUGAAUGUCCUAAACAGGGCAGAAGGUGCGCCUUCCAAAUCUCCUUCAAAACCAUUCGACCCUAAAAUCCAAAAGACUAGGGCGGGUGAUGUGAGCGCAUCCGGCAAGGGCGGCCGGAAGCACAUUGCUCAUAGGCCCAAGAAGGGCCCAGACGCCUCUUCUCUCGAAGCUGAAAAGGAGAUCAGCAAACCGGAUGCCCAGAGGGCAUUGAAGGGUGGCUUUAAGCAACCCACCACUGUUGUCGGCUCAACAAGAGAGAAGAGGAGCCUGGGGGGAGAGGAGGAACAGAAGGACAACGUUCCUGUGCAGAGGCCGACUGUAGUCCAGAUGGCCAAGUCCAUGCUGAGGGCGGUUGAUCCUGACGACAAGGCGUCUAUCAGAGGAGUCGGCACCCUUGACUUGGAUGGCAUCUUGGGGAACCUCUGCGAGGUGGAAGCCAAUAUGCAGGUGAAGAAGGACCUGGACUCGGCCCGCCUGCGCAUCACUUCCCUUAAGAAAAAGAUUACAACUCUUAAGGAGAAGCUCGAGCCUCUUCAAGAUGCCAAAGAAGAGGCCGAGAGAGCCAAGCAGAAGGUGGGCCGCCUGGAGCAGCGCCUCAGCAACCACGAGCAUCAGCUGAAGUCCAAGUUUGAGUCCGUGGCUGAUCAAGAGAGAGAGUCUCUUGUUAAGCAAAUGAUGAGCGAUUAUGAAGCCAUCAUGCGGGACACUUGGGCGGCUGUACAGCCGGACUCGGACUAUCAGAUUUGGAAAUCCAAAUUUGACGAAGCCAGCAAAGCAUACGACGCUCGCCUUAUUGAAGAGGCUGAGAAUGCUGAGGCCGAGGAAAGUUCUGGGUCCGACUCUUCUAGGGAGUCGUCCUCUGGUGGCGAGGAGGAGGAUCAGGCGGAGGAGCAAGAGAAAAAGGAUGAAGAGCAGCCGAAGGAUGACAGGCCGGUUGCCACUAAAGAGGCUCUCCCCUGA